AUGUCUGGCCUUGGUCCUACAAUGGUCAUUGCCCGGGUAGCAUAUGGCAAAUCUGUGGAAAGUGUUCAACACUCAAUAUCAACAUUCUGUAUUGCCAAUACCAAUGCCCAGGCUACUCAACAAGGGUCUACUGCUGGCAUGCAACAAAUGACUAUUAACUUCUCACUACAGACACAACCUGGCAUUGCUCUUGAUUAUUUACAGGCAAUGGAGGAGCCAUUAGCUAACCAAGCAGUAGUUGAGAAGGUUUAG